UGCGAAACUACUCGUAUUGCUGCUCACGAGCUCUCAUGAUCAAUUGAAUUCUCCCACUCGCUAGCCGAGUCUGAUUUUGUGACGAAGGUUUCCCUCGAUCGACCGGAUCCGCGGACGAAAGUGUAAACUCCAUGUUCUUUUUGCUCGAUGCAGUUGAUGAGGAGCGAGCUGAACAUGGUUAGGAAGCUAGGUUCUCACGGCAAACCUCGGCCAGCCUGACGCAGUGCAGGGUCUGCCAUGGAAGACCGAAGGUAGCGUCUACGGGAGCUGUGAAUAAUUCGAGCGUGAAGCGGUUGUUGCUUCUGCAGCCAAAGUCGAAGUCGCAUGGACUCGUCGAAGUGAAACGUCGUCAUGAAAUCUCAGCUCACUUCACCUGACCGGCCGCUAAUGCGUGGCCCGACCAUCGUGGUUGUGCACGUCGACCAGGAGAUCGCAGGCAGGGCUCAGGGUGGCGCAAACACCGCGUCAACCGCUAACAGCACAUCGUCCUAUUCCUGCUUGGCCAAGCCGGCUGCAGUCGGCUCGGCGACUGGCACUGGCAGCGGUAGCAACAUCACAGGCAGCAGUAGCUGCACGACCAUCGAUGAUUGGUAUCGCAGGCACGGCGCGCCGCAAGAGGCCGUGUCGAAUCGGGUGCUCCGCAGACUCCGGGCCCCGAUCAGGGCAGGCGGAGCAGCGUCUACAUCCUCCGCAUCACUUUCAGCAACAGGCAACAUGGUGUCGCGUAGCGAGCCCAGCAUACCCCGGGCAUUAUCACCACAUUCGGAGAGCCGCGAGGCAGCGCGCCUCGAGAAAUUCGCCAACAAGUCGACGUCAGAUCUACUCCAGUGGAUCACGGAGAAUCGCGCACGCAGCACACUCGGCGAGGCUGAACUGCCACCCAGUGAUCUGUUCAAGAAGCGCUUCUACGACGAGACAAAGUUCUUGUCGUUCGUACACCAGCCAUGUGUCACCAGUGACAAGGCAGAGACCACGCGUCACUCAUGGCCGCCAACCUCGUUGACGUCCACCGCCGACGUGCCGCCUCGAAAGAAGAAGAGCAAUGCUCGUCAGGCAAGUCAGCGGGAUGAUCACCAUGGUGACAAAGAUGGCGAUGUGGCGGCUGGUGAUGCUGCUCCUCGACGUGCAGGGCAGGGUCGACGGGCCAAGCGACACAAGAACAAAGUGGAGCAACUCAAACGACUGGGAAUACUAAUGCGAGAUAGUGACGACGGCUGUAGCUCACGUGAUGAUACCAUGGAGAGCAGUAGCUUUGGGUCGGAUAACUCCGUGUCCCUCAACGCCCGGUGUCUGCGGCCACCCAUCGUACGGAGCAUGGUCAUGGACGGACCUUCCGCUGCUGGAGACUACAUACCCAGGGACAUGCCAUCCAGCGCGUCAUCAUCCUCAUCUUCUUCCUCAUCGGCGGAUGAGGACUCAUCGCAGUCGGAGGUAUCGGAUGUAGAGCCUGAAGUCAAAGAAGGCGAAGCAGAUUCUAGCAUGGACCACAUGCCUACAGUGGAGCCAACACAAGGAGUACCAGCGCUAGAAAAGGAUGCCUCGACCGCCGGCUUGACUGUGAAACGCGCCGCAAAGCCCUCCACCAACAAGUCCAAAGCCAAGCGGAAGAAGCAGGCGUCGGCGCACCCGCGAGCCACUGCGAGGCGAGAGGCACGCCUCAAGGCGAAGGAGAGUCAGUUGAAGAGCAUCUACAGCACCAAGACGGCGGCCGGGACCGGUGGCUCUAGAAAGCAGCCGGGUAAGCGGGCUGACCGGCCGAUGCCAGUCGCCUCGCGUGCCGGUCUCAUGUCACCGUUCACCGACCUCACUCUGAUGAAGCCGACGGAUUGUCAGGACGGCGCCCUGCCAUCUGCACGUCUGCAGCAAAUCCACGAACAAGACGACGACAACCAUGAAGACAUCGCCGGUGGCAUCCAGGGUUCACUGAUACCGAGCAAGGAGACGUCGAAGCACAAGAAGCACCGGGGCAGAGAGACGUGCAAACGCGAGCCAGCACCCCGUCGUCGACGGCAACGCAAUCCUAAGAGCGCCGCUGCCGCUGAGAAGAAAGCGCCGCCGGAUGAUGCCUCCGAGACUAGCAGCGAGGACGACGACAAAACCAUGUCACGCGUGGGCACGGGAAAGGCCAGUAGCGACGAAGACAACAGCGCCAUGAAGAACAUGAAGAAGCUGCUGGAGGCACGGCUGAAACAGAAGGCAGAGCUGCAGAAAAAGCGAAAGGUACGUGAAGAGAAGAGGCAGAGGGAGGAGACUGCGCUGCCAAGCACGGAAUCAGCCGACCCACUCGCACCAAGCAAAUCAGCCAACGCAGACAAGACAGGUGCAGCAACGAAGAAAGCUGGCAAAGCAAAGAAAGGUGCUCGGGCAAAGCAAACAUCUCGGCUUCCACCGGUACCGGAACAUGCUGCAGCCGAUUCUGCUCAACUAGCAGAGAGUGGUAUGACGCCGGCAGUAGCUGAGAGCUCCUCCCAGAAAUUGGGCACGAACGACACUGGAUCAGCAGAGAAAAAGAAAACAGGAAAGGCCGGCAGCAAAGCAAGUUCUGAAGACCGGUCUCGGAGUGGCAGUAAGGUGAAGGCAAGCAGCCGAGGAGGGAAUGUCAAGAAGCUCAGCACCUCCACCACGUCGGCGGCAUCCUCCACAGGCACUACGACAGCAGCAGCGGUAGGGGCUGCAAGCACAGCGGCCGCGAAAGGCCUGUCCGGUGGAGACUUGGCCGUUAACAGCAAGGCGGCGGAUUUCAGCAGCGGUCGUGACGGCGGCGGUAUAACCGUAGGCCGUGAACCGCAGACUGGCCAAUCAGGACGCAAGGCCGAGGGCAAGGGCGGCAAGAAGAGGCAAGCCGCCAGCACCGUCCCCGUCUCACAGAAGAAGUCCAAACAGCAGCAGCAGCAACAACAGCAACUCAAGAAGAUGAUGAGCAGCAACGUGUCCAGAAGUCGCUUCCCGUCCAGCUCAUCCGGCCCCUCUCCGACGUCAUCGACCAUCGCCACGAUUCGCGCCCGCGACAUUCGCUCUCGUGGCCUCGCCGAGGAUGACCUCAUGGCGCAGAACCCGCAGGUGCUCAAGUACGAGAAGCAGCCAUCCGUCGUCGAAGUCAAGGACGUGGUGAAAGUGACCAAACGACCCAGGCAGCCCGCACUUACCAAGCUGAAGGCGCCCGCCAAGAAGUCGAAAGAACAGGAGGCGAAGAAGAGAGACGAGCAGCUGGAGAAACAGAAAACGCUAUCCUCACUUGCUGCGUUGCUUGUGCAGGACAACCACAGGGUUAAACACGCGGACACAUUCCGCAUGAGGGAGAAGGGGAAACCCCGCGUGCAGUACGUGCCACAGAUCCCCGGAAUGGAGAAGACCAAAUAUAGCAAGAAGCUGGAGGAAGCGGCUGGACGGCUACCACUCGCUGACAUGCCGAUGAAUGAAUCACCCAUACCACCCUCACUGCAGAAAGCACGCAGCGAGCAGAAGAUGAAGGAGGCAAUUCAGCGUCGCGGCAAGGAGAAGAUGGAACAGCGCUUCAAGCAGCUCAUGAGGUUUGCCAAGCGAGAGCUGGGACAUCAGUAUGGAAUAGAGUAUAGAAGAGGCUCUGGGUUUGACCAGCUGGCUCAGUUCUGCAUCGUCGAAGAUGCAAAGCUGGAGCUGUAUGCGAAGGCGUUUGCGGUGGAAGACACGGACGAAGAUGGAAUAUUGAAUGAGGAGCAAUUACGAGCCGCACUGGAAAGUCUCUACACCAUUGCACACAUAUCACCUCAACAGCUGGAGUAUGUGCUCAAGGUACUGGAAUGUGAUCCGUGUAUCAACUUCAAGAUGUUUGCUGUUGUCGCCGCGCUGUGUGAACGCAUCGGGACGCUAGACAAAGACACACGGAUGUUUCUGGACGGACUAAACCUUGCCAGCAUCGAGAAGAAGAUGUCGUUUUACAAGCAAUUGUUUAUUGGCAGUAGUGAUGGCGCAUCAGGCCGUACAAUCAACGCUGACGAUCUUCGAAUAGAACUGAAGGCAGGCGGCCUGCCACGGGAGAUGGAGAAUCACAUAGUGCAGCAGUGUGACGAUGAGAACCUAGGAACGAUCUCCUUCCUGGACUACAUGGCGUACAUACCGCUGUUUGUGCAGAUGCACGAGACCAUCGUGGACAACCCGUUCGACAGCUUUGCCGAGGCGUUUGGCCUGGCGUCGGCCGGGCACAGCAGCGAGGCCAGUACGUGCAACUCCACGGCGCAGUACCGGCACGAAUCCAUCGUAGUGGACGUGCUACGUUCGCCAAAGCUCGAGGACGGCUUCCGCUUGGAUGGCAGCUGCGGCAGCGAUAGCGUGUUUGGAGGCUCCAACAUGUCCUCGUCCGCUAAUCGAAGCGGCGCUGGCUCAUCGUCAAUGACGACACGAAACUUGAUGACCUCACCGCCGUCGAGUCUAUCAAUGUCCGUAAGUUCCAGUACACGCUUAGCCAUGCUGCAGGAGGCACAAGAGCGCAGGCAGCGGCAGAAAGCGGAGCUCGCGCAGAGCGUGUUCGGCAACGGCACUGCUGGUGAAGCAUGUGUGCUUGCUCGUGAUCAGGCUAUUGACAAACACGAUGACGAUAACCCCGGCCUUGCAGGACAUGGCGCUGACGAGAACAAGCAUCAGUCAGACACCCAACUACUAGCGGACAGUGCACCUGACCCACACGACAGCAGUGCACCCUGUACCCAGGAAGGUGCAGGCAGGACAGAUCAAGACGUACACACUGCCAUCGCCGGUGGCAAGCUACCUCACAUAACACACGGCGGCCAUGAGCAAGAGAUCGCUUCGUCAUCCACAACAAAACUCAUCAGCACACCUCCACCGACAGGAGAUCCGGAAAAGCCCGAGGCCACGAACACGACAUCGCUGAUCGACAUCAAUGAUGUCGAGGUGGCUGUAAGUCGUGCGCAGAGUAGGGAAAGUUCACCGAGCGGCGCACAAUCCCCUGAAGCAAGCGGCAGUUCUCUGCACGAAGUGAUGGACCAGAGCACGAAAUCACCUGCAAGUGUUGUGGCGAACACAACUGGAAUAGCGACACAACAGGCACAAUUGAAACCAACAGAGCCAGACGGUGCUGAAGCUGAAACACGUAACAUCACGGAGAGUACGGAUGGCAUCGAUGACCAUCCCCGAACGGCUUCAACACAACUUGCAUCGAUGGACGGAACCGGCGAAAUGGCAGCAAACAGACAACGCAGUCUGGUCUCAACGAGCGCUGCCGGCGAAGACGGUGAUGACACCACGGCUACCGACAGACACGGUAGUAGUUCUACGGCCAUGACGACGACGGCUACGGCCACCACCUCCCAAGCACCGCGAUGGCAUCACAAGGGCAAACGCGGCGGAGGUGCGGCUGCACGCUACGUGCGCCGUCGGCACCGGAAGUGGUCUGACGAAAAUGAGUCGCCUGACGAGUCGGCAAACACAAGCAGCGCAGGAGUAGCAGAGAGCAAGGAUGGUACCAAUGACACAACAGCAAACAGGGGCAGUAUAGGAACAGGAGAGAUAAUGGAUGCUAGCAAAGGUACGGCCAAUGACGCCACAGCAAACACGAGCAGCAAGCACAGUGUUCGCGAACACCCGUGUCCGCUGGACACCGUGAUGGAAAAAGCAAACACACCUGAUCAUAAAGACGAACUUGCCCCACAGCAAUCGACGUCCCUAGUAAAUUCAGGCAAACAUCUGGACACUACCGGGGCUAACGUAAGCCUAUCCACCAACACCGUUUCCAAUCAACAAGAAACCAACAGCAGUGUGAUACAUCCACCCAAAGAGCAGCCUGGAACAGGCGAGCUUUCAUUGGGUGCGUUGUCGGUACCGCCUCAGCUGGACCACGCUGCAGCGUCCCAGUGGGAGCUGGAGCAGGCGCAGCUCAUCCUGUCCUCAAUCCCAGACCAGCCGCCCCUUGUAAUCCAUGCGCACUCCGUCUCAUCGUCCUCGCUGGCUAGUUCCGGUGACCGACCAGCGAAGGCCGUCCCCGUUCGCCGCACGACCAAGAGAGCCGGCAGGCGGAGACGGCAGUCCGAGUCUGACGAUUCCGAUCGCGAGCAGGCGAAAAGGACACCGAAACGUGCAAAGGCACGCGUACAACGGCAGAGACCCGGCAAGGUACGCCGGGAUAGCGAUUCAGAGAGCGAUAACGGCGGACACCCCAUCAGCAAGACACGCUCAAAGCCGGCGGCGCGCAUCAGGACACCAGAGUCGUCGGACAAUGACGCUGCCGCUACGCAGAGCAAGCAGAGCAAAUCCGUAGCAAAAACCGGACCAGACGCCAGCGUUGGUGAUGAUGCUGCCUCGAGGACACGUCCGAAUCAAGACAAGGCAUUGCCCCGGGGAGGCAAUCGUCGGCAGCGUCCGACCAAGCAGGAUGUACUCUCUUCGCCCGGCGGCAGUGGGUCAGACAACGGGCCGAGCAAAAAGCGGGCAGCAGCAGGUCGUGCAAGAAAGAGGAAGGCAAGGAGAAAAGUGCAACGCCGCGGUAGCUCCUCGGAUGGAUGACACUUGGACGGGUAAAUCCCCGAAUGGAUGACACAGGGCUCCGCGGCCAGCUAAUGCUAACGUUAAUGCAUGCUAAUGGAGAGGGAACUUAACCCCGGAUAUCUUCCAAUCUUGUGUUAACGUUACCAUGAGCAUUAUACUCUUGGUAUUAGAAAUAUGAUUUUCGAAAUCAAUUGGGUGACCUUGAGGACCAAACCUAUUAUUUAACACACUACUUGUGCGCAACAGACUUCCGGACUACCAGUAAAGCAUCGUACAAGUAUUCAAUAUUCUUUGCCCAAGUACCAUAAUAUGUCAGAAAGACUAUUGCAAUUACCCAUAAUUAUUAGAAUGAGGUGACGAAGGCGAAGAAGAGAAACUGCAUUUUUA